AUGGCGGGCAUGGGCGAUGGAUACGUGGGCACGGCGGCGGACGCGGUGCGGAUUCGGCGGCUGGAGAAGCAGCGCGAGGAGGAGCAGGCGAAGAUGGAGGAGCUGCGCAAGAAGUCGUCGCAGGGCCUGCAGGGGCUGCUGCAGUUCGGCACCGCCACCUCCGAGACGCUGGAGACGGCGUUCAAGAAGCAGACGGUGGGGCUGGUCACGCGCGAACAGUUCGUUGAAAAGAGGGCAACACUGAGGAGCAAGAUGGAGGAGGAGGAGCGAGAGGCGAAGCAGCGACAGGCAGACGA